AUGCAGAGAACGAUUACGAUUUUGCGUGGGCCUCUGGUCAGAGACCGAGGGUUUUCCACGAGCUCGUCUUCUUCCGAGAAAAUCGUCGCGUCCGUACUGUUCGAGAGGUUGCCUGUUGUCAUUCCCAAAAUCGACCCCGUCGUUUAUGCAUAUCAGGAGUUCGCGUUUCGGUGGCGACAGCAAUAUCGGCGCAUAUAUCCAGAUGAGCUUUUAGAUAAGUCUAAUGCUAGGGGAAAGGGUGACUACCAUAUUGAUUAUGUACCUGCUCCACGGAUCACUGAAGCUGACAAAAUAAAUGAUAGAAAGUCAUUGCAAAGAGCACUUGACAGAAGAUUAUAUCUUCUUCUCUAUGGAAACACGGAUGGAUCUGCUGGGAAGUCAGUCUGGCAUUUUCCAGAAAAAGUUUACCAGUCUGAAGAGACAUUGCGGAAGUGUGCAGAAUCUGCAUUAAAAUCUAUCUUGGGAGAUCUGUCACACACAUAUUUUGUUGGAAAUGCCCCCAUGGGCCAUAUGGCUACACAGUCAACAGAGGAUGUGCCAGACUCUCCAUAUGUUAAGCAAUUCUUUUUCAAGUCUCAAGUGAUUGCAACCAACAAGUUCAACAUUAAGAAGUGUGAGGAUUUUGUUUGGGUGACCAAGGAUGAACUGCUGGAGUAUUUUCCUGAGAAAGCUGAGUUCCUUAAUAAGAUGAUCAUCAGCUGA